AAUAUAAUAUUUAGUCAAUAAACAAUUAAAUGCGGUUAUCCUCACAAAAGACCCUAAAUGUUUUUAAGGGUGAAAAUAAUACAUAAGUUAAUCUUGUGAUUAAUUUGAUCUUUAGAUUUGAUUUUAGACUUUAUUAUACUUUAUUUAAUUUCUCAAAGAACAUUUCAAAGUGAAAAUUUCAAAGUAAGUAUUUAUACUUGAUUUUUUUUAAAGUAGCAAAAGUUUAUAGUUUAAAAGUUUAUUAAAGAGUUUCUUGUGAUAAUAAAAUUCUACUAUUUCACUGUAUAAUAUAAUAAUAUUUAAUUUUGUGUUGUGGCUUAUACCAAUGCACAAUUUUUUACAACAGUCUAAACAAUAAAAUAGUGUUUAUAAUAGUAGUAACACAUAGUCCGUUUUGUAACUUGAAAUGUUCGCUAUGAUUAUCAGGUGACUGACUGGUAUAAAUAUUGUACUACUAAAUAAUAAGUCUAGUAACGACAUAUUCUAUAUAAUAAGUUAUAUUUUGAGUAUUUGUGAUGCUUUUUUAAUUUGUAACAAUUUAGUGGAAGCUAAUUUAGAAGUGAUGAUUUCCAAUCUAAAUAAGUGUUCUGAAGGUAUAAAAGCUAUCAUUGAAACAACCGAAAUAAUGGAAUCUGAGUUUUUAGUAUGUAAAUCUCCAUUGUUCAAGACAGAGGACAAUUUUCUAUCACUGACAUCUUCUGGUUCAAGUUCUAUUGUGUUUUAUUUUCUUUACCAUCUGCUGAAGGUGCCAUAUAUAUUGCCAGAUAUUUUGAGUUUGGUAGUUUAAGUGGAUGUUAUCAGAACCUCAUUCAUUCAAAAUUAAAAGAAAAAUUCGGAAUCAAUUCAGUUCUUCCCUAUCAAGUUUACACAAGUCAAGAUGUAGAAUCCCAUUCAAAAAGGCAAGAUAGCCUCUAUCAAAAGCAAAAACCACAUGGAAGAAAAACGCCAAUUUUUUCAAAAAAUAGGUUUUAUGAUAGACAAAUUUCAAAUAACAAAAGCAGUCUCCAAAAACUUUUCAAUCAAAUUAAGCCACAUAUUGAAUCAAAAAGCAGCAAAUGUUUAUUUAUAAUGUGUUAUUCAAUGUACAAAAUCCAGAAAUGGACUACAUCCAAUGAAUCAGAUAAUAAAAGAUUUUUACUUUGUACUGAUGGUGAAAAUGAAUGUUGGGAAAAGCUUUUGUUGGAUUAUCGUUGUGUCAGAGAUAACAAUGGUAAAGUAUUUUGCUAUAAAUUAUAACAAUCAAUCAAUUUGACUUUAGAAGAGCAAAUUUACAUUUUAACAUCUAUUCCAAAUGAUCAUUUCUGGAGUUGGCAAAAUCAGAUAUCCACUAAUGUAAAGUUUGAGCAAAGAUUACCAACUUGUGUUAGAUAUUUUCCUGCCUCCCCAAGAAAUAGAAUCAUGCAUGUUGUUAUCGUGAAGAUCCUAGCAAAAUAGUUUCAGCAGUGUUAGAGGUUCUCAUGGGUAAAAAUGAUAUAAUAAUCCCAUACGCUAAGGAAAAAAAGGAAUUGAUGGUUAAAAUUGAUGCUGUUGCAGCAUGUGAUAAGAAACAAAUGGAUUGAUGUAUUUGAUGAAGUUACUGGUCUUUGGAAAUUUGGGUUAAAUAAUCCCAGAAAACAAAAAGUUGAUCAAGACCCAUUUUCACCACAGUUAGUGGAACAAUUAAAUAUACGAAACAGAUGGAUACAUAAUCAAUCAGUUUAUCCUUUUUUAAAUGGCAUUUGUGAAUGUGGGGCUGGAUGGAAUAACAAUACUUACCCAGAAGGAAGAUUUUUUCCCAAUGGAACAUCCAGUUUAUAUACUGACAGAGGUUUUAUAUUGUUACAGGUUUUUCUUCUACGUUGUGUCAAUUUGUCAUGUGUUAGGUUUUGGGACGGUGCAGAACAUUGUGUAUAUCGAUUGUCUUCAUCUACAUGUGCUGGUUAUGACAUUGGUUGGGACUUUGUUGAUUCAGUUCAAACCAGUGGUCAAAGUGCCCUGUUCAUGGGCAUUGUUAUGGUUUUCAUGUAAUACCAGGUAGCAAAGGUCGAAAAGACCCUGCUGCAUCACUAUAUACCCAUUGUCCAGAAGCCCCAAAUGAUUUAUUUUAUGACUUUGCCUGCAAUUUGUCAGAAUAUUGCAAAAACAGAGAAUCACAGUACUUUGCAAAAACUCGUUUUUUCCAUGACAUUUUUCAUGGAUAUACGCAUAAAUGUUCAAAUGCCUUUAAAUAUAGUCGUUUGACCUCCUCAUCUCUGGUAAAUACAUCAAUAUGUGAACAAUUUAACAGCUACAUUCAAAAAAUCAAACGGUCUGCAAAGCUUAUGUCUCAAGCACAUUUUAUGUUUUAUUUGCAAUUUUUUGUGCAUCUUUGGAAUAAAUCUAAACGAAUUUCAUUUCAAAGAAAGCUAAAUAUUGCUCAUCAAGGAUGCAAAACAUAAGCAAUUAGUUAAUUUAAUACUAUUUAAAAUUAUUUUAUUCACACUCCUGUCUUAUAUGUUAUAGAUGUUGGAAAGUAUACUU